UGAUUGAUAGGUUGAUUGUAAACGUACUCAUUUUAGACAACUGACAUUCCCUUCAUUUUCUGCCCCUUGGGUAAUCUGUAACUGCCAGGAGCUGAUAGUCUUUGGUUUCGACAGAUGACCAACUCGUGUCUGGAAGGUUGAAGAGAUGACAGAGAACGGUCUCAAAUCAAGAAUCUUCGAAAUUCUUAAACCAAGCUCGUGGAAUCUGCAAAAUUUAACAUUCCCCUGGCGCAUUUCAAGUGAUCGAUUAUCAAAGGUGGAGUUGAACGAGUAUCAGGAGCUCACGUUUCUUACAAAGCAUGAAAUUAUUCGGGCAAAACCUGGAGAGAAGAAUGGACGAGAAGUUAGAAAAGGGCGUGUUAGAAGUUAUCCACCACCUGAUAAUAAAAUAAAAACCAAGAAGAGGCGAACUUCCAGUUCAAUAGCAAGUGACAAUUCAACUCUACAAUGCGAGGAAGAACAGCAGAAGAUAGAGGAACAAAUGAAUCACGAAAUCCAGACAUUGGCAUCCCAGCUCACUCGUUCAAAACUUGAAGGCAUUUUUGUGCAAUUGGCAAACAGAAAUCCAGGAUUGAUCAUAGACCUGCUGCAAGAUGCGCCCUCAAACUGUUCCCCCGAUGGACAGGUCACGGUGAAUCCCAACUGGUGUGCUUGUGGCCACUGUAGGGAGAUGCCGACAGACAUAGAGAAAGUUUGCUGUGGCAAGACGGAGCAACAUUGCAUAAGUACAUGCUGUGCGAUGGCGAACUUGUGUUUGAAUGAAGCAGUGUUGCAUCUAAUGUUGAUUUAUCGCAAUGAGUUGUUUGGCCUGCAUUCUCUGCCAACUGAAAACUACAAGCGUGAACUGAGGCAUGCAGCGUACCGGCAGUUCAUUAUGUGGCAGCAUGGUAGUUUGGGAGCCAAUAACAAACGCAUCAUUCCCAGCUGCUGUGUUUGGGCAAUCAGAACUGCCUUUUCUGAUCCCAAUGGUGAAUAUUCUGGGUUUCAACCAUCCCGACUUUCCUAAGCUGCCUUUGCCCUUUUGUCAUAAAUAAUGUGAUGCAAUAGUUGAUUUUCCUUUUGUAAUAUAAACCAGAAAUUUUGCCGAAUCAUGGAAUCAUUGAAAACAGGUGUGAGUGGCUAUAGUUGGAAUCAAUGUUUGCUGAUAAAUUCAGUUUCCUAAGAUUGGAUAGUCUCAAAUAAAAGCCAUUUCUCACUUUCUAUUAUCACAUUUAAGGUAUAUGCAAUAAUCUAAAUUAAAAGAUAAAAACUAUUGAUUUAAACUGUUUUGAAAUGCUAACAAACAAAUGUAUUAAAUAUAAUUAUGGAUUAACCUGCAGUACUAAAGAGGAAUUUGAUUUACUUUUAAUAUAUGUAUCGUCUGACUGUUUUAACUUAUCUAAUUAAGGGACACAUUGAAGGGAAAUAGCUCCCCCUGCUGUUGUGUGAGACAUCCUAAAGCUUAAAUUUGGAGAUUUUAUGAAGAUAGCUUUGAUGUCACUGGUUAUUAAACAUUUUAUUAGAUUGGGUAUAGAAUAACACAUUGAUUCAUCAGUGUAACUCAACUAUCAGAGUCUAGUGAAAAAAUAAACCUGUUCACUGUGAUGUCAAUGCAUCUAGCAUAUACAUUCACAAUGCAUCUAGCAUAUACGUUUACCCAGCACAGCCACCUAAGGAGAUAACGGAGAUAGUAUUUUUUAAAUGUUGCAAUAGCAGUUCAUUUUCUUUGAUAGUGAUAAAUCAGCGCCCAUGAUUGAAUCAUAAAAUUCGAUCCAAAGAGUUAAGGAUAAGAGUUGCAAUUUGAUGCCUUUUAUCAAAAUUUAGCAACUCAGGGGGUGUGUCUUCGACACAGGUGCGUCUUCAUUGCCGGGAAAUACGGAAGUAAUUUAACUGAGGGCAUUGCAUAGCAGUAUUAAUUUAUUAAUUUGUCACUUUGGAUUACGGAUUUAGAAAUCAUUUUCAUACCAGAAUUUUGUUUAAACAU